AUGAUAAAAAGAGGUAAUAUCGACACAAUAAUAGCUAUACAGGAUCAAUUUGUUAACAAUUUAUCACAUUUUUGGCAUUGGCAACUUAGUCCUGAUCCUGGUGAGACUAAUAUUACAUUAGGAAACGGAAAUAACGUGUCAACAUUCAUUAUAAGAGGACGAAAUGGAAGUUGGCUCAAAGGUUGGCUCUACAAUAAUCAAAACGCUAUUUAUAAUAAUAUUGACGAAGUAUUACGAAUUAUAAAAUAUGGUUUCAGUGCAAACUUCAAGAUCGCUAUGGCUCUCGGCAUGGGUACUGAACCAUUUGCUAAUAGAACAGCAACCGGUAUCAAUAUUGAUGAUAAACCAUCAAUUGUAAUAAUUUCUAUUGCAAGUAUACUUAUUGGUUUAGCUGUUCUUAUUAUAAUCGGUAUUUUGCUAAGAAAAAGAAUACGCAGAAAUAAUCGUGUUAGUGCAAUGUUAAAAACGAAAACAAAUGUAAGCUGA